ACGUGCGCGAAACGUGUCAACGUGUCGAAGCGAGUCUUUUUGUUCCGAUCUGUCAGGACGCGAUCAGCUGGAAACUGACACCGAUAGCCACAACAACGUCCUCGGCUGUGGCUAAGCUAGAUGAGCUAGUCAGAUAUGCUAGGAUAAGUUUGGGAGAUAGCCAUACCUCGUCGUUAAUGCCUCACAUAUUUUGACACUCGGGGGGGGUCGUCUCCCAAGGGUCGUCUCUCUCGCUCCGACGUAGCGGCGCAGCUCGUUUCGCUAAAUACGUGGCACGCGACGCUAGCCCCGGUCACAGCGGUUGUUUACAACAUGUUUGCUAACGGCUGCUAGCUUGACGGGUGUUCGUUCCGCUUUAGCAUUGUUAGCGCGGACGCGGCUAACAGUUAGCCGCGUGCAGACGCAAGGAGCUGUCACGACAUGACGCACGUGUGGGACAGUCCGCGGUGGACCCCUUGUCGGUGUUUUGUUGUUGUUGGUUAAAUGCAGGCGAGCCGCUGUAGCCACGGAGCCCCGGUGUGUUUGCGGUUAGCUCAUUAGCCGGCUUAUCAGCUGGUGUGUGCGACAGAAGGGAUGCGGGUGCUGCAGUCCUCGCCGCUGUCCCAGAUACUAAUGGAGGACCACAUGUAGUCUGUCAGUAAUGUUUCCACAUCAUGUCGCGGGGCUGAACGCUGUAGCUCCAGGGAGGGUGAUGUCUGCUCACGGGCGUUUUCUGUGCCCGACCAUUGACUAGCCGCUAAUCUCCGAAUCUGAGCCGCCUCGAGCUGCGGUCCGAUAUAACGAACACCUUCACAGACGCUUUGUAACCAGGGCGUUUUGUGUCGCAACACGCUGUAACCGUGUUAUUCUAAGAGGGCUACACAUCUAGCAGAACGGAGAGACGAAACGCCCUCAGCUCGAGUUGGACAAAUGCAUGACAUGAUUCUGCAGAUACAGUAGAGGAAUUUGAAGACAGUAUAAUGCAAAAGAAGAUGAAAAUUCCCAAGAUGUCCAUCAAGAAUUCAGGGAACUCUAUCGAAAACAAUUGUGAAGAAAGAAUGCCACUCAGGCAUAAAAAGGCCCUGUCUCAGGACCAUGGACGUCCCCUUUCCAACUCCUCCAAGAGCCUCGCUGCCGUAGUGGCUCGCCUGGAGAGAAAUGCGGCCAGCUGCUGUGUGGAGGGCGAAGAGGACCUGGACGAGGACCGGCUGGCUGAGGAGGGAGAGGACGCAGACGACGAAGAUGAAGACAUGGAGGGAGAGCAUCACCAUAAUCAUCAUCAUCAUCAUCAUCAACAGCAGCAUUUGGAGGUGGACACGGAUUGUGUGUCUGGGGCGGUUCCAGCAGUGGUUCCCAGAGUUCUGUACGAGGAGCUGGUUCAUAGCUACAGGCAACAGGAGGAGGAGAUGAGGAGGCUUCAGCAGGAGCUUGAGAGAACCCGCAGGCAGCUGGUCCAGCAGGCCAAGAAGCUGAAGGAAUAUGGCAGUUUACUGACGGAAGUCAAAGAACUGAGGGACUUCAACAGGAGGCUGCAAGACGUACUUCUCAUGAGACUGGGCAGCGAGCCUAUGCAUGACAAUGGCACUCAGACAAUCAAGGCUGAAGUGGUUGAACCCAUUGUUGAGGCCCAGGAGACAUGCCGAGAAGAAGCCAACACCAGUUCCAGCUACUCCCCCUCCCCCAGAACAGUAUACACCUGCAAUGAUGGGAAGGUGCACCUCGGUGGAGGGAUCUGGGUGGAGGAGGAGAAGUGGCACCAGCUACAGCGCACACAGGGAGACUCAAAGUUCACAAAGAACCUGGCUGUCAUGAUCUGGGGCACAGAAACCCUCAAGAACCGUAGUGUCACUGGAGUGGCCACCAAAAAGAAGAAAGAUGCACUGCCCAAACCGCCGCUGUCACCCAGCAAGCUGAAAAUAGUCCGAGAGUGUCUCUACGACCGAGUGUCUCAAGAGACAGCCGACAGUGCAGAGAUCACGCAGAGAUUGUCCAAAGUGAACAAGUACAUUUGUGAAAAGAUAAUGGACAUCAACAAGUCCAUCAAGAACGAGGAGCGGCGGGAAUCCAAGCUGCUCAUCAGACAGACCGUGAAGAUGGAGAACUUCACCUACGACGGCAUGUAGUGACCCGCUCGCUGUUGUCACGCCAGCACCCCCCCCGCCCCCCCCGCUCCUCCCUCCCCUUCCCCUCGGUGCCCAGUGUUCCCAUUGGCUGACAGACAGCUUUACCCACCUGUGAGAAGUGGAACACGUGUGAACUUGUUGAUGUGAGCUGGUAUGAGUGCUUUUUUUUAUAAGCUUUCGAGUGGGAUCGGUACAGAGACGCGUGUGCAUUUGUGUCAAAGAGCGGAUAUGACGUAGUUGUUCAAAUUGAUUUAUUGUUCUGUGUCAGAACAUAGCUUUGAGUCCUUUUUCAACUUUUAAAAAGUAAGAGGUUAUUUCCCUAGAUAAAGUCUUCUGAUUCUAUAAAGAAAAUGAUGCUAGCUUGCUUUAGAUCUUAGACGUGUGGUCAGUCUUAAUUGGUAACAGCCAUAUUGUAUUUUGUAGCAGAGAUUCUGUUGCUCCAAGAGAUUCAUUAUAAGUGUGUGUGUGUGUCUCCUUAACUUGAGGUCGGUCGCAACACGUUGUUUUAUUAAAAAAGGCUAACGGAGGUAAAACGGGAAGUCUAACUGUAAUGCACGGCCUAUAGAGUGCUAUUUCAGUUUCUUAUGCCGACCUUUCAGUUGUGAGAGUUUAGAGUUAAUCAAACAAGUCACUUUCAGACCAUUUGACUGUUUUAAUGAGUUGUGGUGGUCGAGGCAUGCCGAUGCCUCGAAGGGCCUUAAAUGGAUUUGGCAAUCACCAGGCGCUGGGACGCCCCUGGGUUUUCUAGGAAGCUGUGAUUGUAUAUGUACAGUAAGAGGAAGGCGAGGAGGCUUCGCCCGCACUUUGCUGUGAGAACGAGAGAGGUGGCGUGGUCCUAUUUUCUGCCCUAUUCACACCGUUCAGUUGAUCCGACUUUCCGCCCUCGCUCUCGUAGUUAGGAGAUGCUGCGCUGCACGGGACGAGGCCAGGAGGAAAAUCACGGCUUUGCGCGCUUGAGGUCAUCCAUAUACGCUGUUAGUUGUGGGUAAAGCUGUCUGAAACACUGUCGUGCUGUUUGUGGUCACCUGGGCCUGCCGAACCCCGUAGUAACCCCCUCUUUCUUAAAGGCCACGCCAUCGGGGAACAAUGUAAGGUUGCUCCAGUGACGGCUUCCUCUGAGCUACGCCAUCAGAACUUUGAAAAUGUCCUCUAUUUCUUGUAUUCCUUUUUUUUUUUUUAAUCCCGUCAGUUGUUUAUUGUUUUGAUCCUAAAUGGUUUGUGUGGCUGUCUGCAGGCUGGAACUAAUGCUGCGGAUUGAAAUCUCAACUGUGACCUAGCUGUGGCUAACUGUGAAUCUGCUGCAGAACUGCCCAUCAAGCCUCUCUCCUCUUCAUACUCUGGAUUCUCGUUGGUCUGUGGGUUUAUUUCUGUCUAUAUCAUUUUGUCUCUUUUUUUCUUCAAAAAGUUCAGAUCAGCCUUUUUGUUAAGCUACUUUAUGUUUUGGAGAUAUUUUAAUAUACAUAUACAUUUGUAUUUCAGUUUCUUGUCAUGUUAAAUGUUACCGCUUUAAAGGUUCUGGGCAAGGUUCUUUUUAUCUCAUUGAUGUUGUAAUUCCAUGUUACCUGUCAAUCUAUUGUGUUUCUUUUUACACUUGCAUAUUUUUCAUAUGAAUUGUUGGCUUUAAGCUUGAUGUUGUAUCCAAAUGUGGGUCAGUGAAAUUUACAAACAAAUGAAAAAAAAUCUCCCUUUUUUUAAGUCAUCUUGUGGAACAUGAGAGACUGAGCAUCCCUUAACGGAGCCCUUACAUUAAGUUCCAUUCACAACAUUUGCUAUUUAAUGAGCCUCACUUAGAGUCAAACCUCUAACUAUCUACCACAGUAAUUUACUUAGUUGAAAUGCAGUAGUUGGAUCAACGAAAAACCAUUUACAUUGAAUGCACUUUAAACUUCUGGGCAAUUUCUUUGAUCUUAAUGAAAUGUAUUUGUGGUAUUUGUCCUUUUUUUUUGUAAAUGUCUAUAUAGAUAAAGGUUAACAAGCAUUGUAUUAUCAUAAGGCACCUUAGAGCAUUUUGGUUUAUUGUUUUUAAAUGGAAAGAACGAGUUAUGGGACAUAGUUUUGUUUUGCCUGUCAGAUAUGCCCUUGACAUACAUUGAUCGGUUUAAUAACUACAACUCGUAAAUAAUACUACUAGUAUGUCUGAGUAAUUCACUCUGAACAAACCUAGUUGGCAAAUUGACAAACGGAGGUCCAAAACUCAUCUUUGCUUUUAAGCGCAAAACGUGAUUCACCAAUCGAAAGAUAUUUACCUAUGAAAUGUGCAAGCUGACUGGAAUAUCUGCUUUAACUUAAUGUGUGACGGUGCUGGGUUGUCCAUUGACAUGAUUUGUACAGAGAGAAUUGUGUAUUUUUUACAAAGGAAUGGUAAUUGUAAGCCAAAGUAUUGAAUGCUGAGAUCAAGCUAAAGAACGGGGACGCUGGCUGAGGAACCAGUGAGGUUUGCACAAAAGACGGCCCAUGCCAAGGUAACAGAGCCAGCCAACAUGGUGACAUAUUAUUUUUCUGGCUUCCUAAAUAAUAUCCCUUUUUACAUUUUUUGUUUUUUCACUGUACAAAGCAACAUGUGAGGUUUCCGUGCGCUGGCAUGUAUUUAAAAUACAUGCCGUUCAAAAGAAAAAAGAUUUCCGCUGUGCAAAGCAACCAUGCUGAAAUUCUGACACUUUGUUGUGCUGUGUUUGUGUUUGUUUCUUGAUGCCAAAAGGGGGUGUGGUUAAUGCUUUAAAAUGAAGCAUUAAUAGUUAUUACAUCAUCUGAAAUGUAUUUUCAAAUGCUGGGUUCCUGGAGCGCGAUUAAGCCUAAUCCUUUAACUAAAACCUUCUUUCAUGGAAGCUGUAUGGAAGAAUUGUGUGAUUUUAAACCCAGAUUUGGCUUAAUCUGCAACGGAAAGGCCAAUCUCUCUAAGAUGUACCAAGUCACUUGCAGACGAGCAGUUUGGGUUUUCACAGCGUGUUGGUAACGCUCACCAUGCAGGAUAACGGCUGGUUACGUUCUGUGGCGUAACGCCGGGGGAGGACCUGGAACCUCGUUGGCCCUGUGAUCCCCUUCCUGCGCCGCCUCCGGUUUCUCACUCUCCCGUUUCCGUGGACUGGAUUCUGUGUAUCGAGAUAGUAGCGAGUCCUCUCCUCAGCGCUUUGUGUUUUGGUAUUUUGUCGUGGACGCGUCAAAAGUCGAGGAGCUUUGUGUUGCUUUUCGACAGUUCGUUUCGGGGAAAAAGGUCACAAGACUAACGGCUUCAUCUGCGAUGUGUACAGAAAACACGGUUUGAGCCUCAGAUACAAUGUCAAACUUAUUUCAAAUGAGAAAAGGAAGAGCAUUGUUAGGCCUAUAUUUUUCUUAAGGUACCAGUAACUUUGUAUACAAUCCACAAACCGGUUCUACUUCAUCUGACUUCACCGUCCUACCUCAUUGUUACUCUGGUGUUUGUUUGUCAGUGACUGUAAACUAUGUGUGUAUAUUUAAAAAAAGAAAAAAAAUCUAUAGUAAAGGUAUAUCUGGUUACUCUCAACAUAUACAGCAUAUAAAACUCAACAAUAUCAUACUUAGGAGGAAUCAGUUGUAAUACCUGCUUAAAGAUGCUGCUGUAAAGGGGUAUCUGCGUGAGGGGUCGUCUCUGAAUAUAUAUCUUCGCUCUUUGCUACGUUGUGCAGUUGAUCAGUGGUUGUGUUCAGUCUCUGUAUCGCAUUCUGAGAUUUUUACUGGUUGACGGUGCUACCAGCAAACAGUUCAAGAACUGAUCUGUCUAUCGGACCUCAAAUGGUGCUGUUUUUCUAUGUUAUUAUCCUCAUACAGCUACGUUUUAUUCAGGUGUGUCAAUUGCUACUAUCCCCUCAGCUAAUCAGAUUUGAAGCCAAAAUGUUUCACAAACCAAUAACUCCUGCUAUUACUGUAUUAACUAUAUGCUAUCCAUCCAAAUAUUGUAGAUAGUGAUUAUAUCCUCAGCUGUGAGUUCAGAAGUACCUCACAACUUGCUGAUUUUCAAUGGAUGCAUCUGCUUCUAGCACCUGUUGUCUACCAAUAUUACGUUGUUGUAUUUUCAGAAAUGUGUAUUUUUACUGGGUAGAUCGGGUUUCACUACACAUAGAACAUGAUAACACACGCAAAAGAACAACACAUUUUAAGGAUACCACUGUUUACUGGUUUCUUGCCAGAUUGUGAUAAAAGAAAAUGGCCUCGACCGGGCAGCCUAUGUUGAAGAGGUCCUCAGCAAAACCAUGUUCUGUUCGAGUCAGCGUUACGUUUCGUUUACAGAAAAGAGAUUCCAUCGGACGUUGUGUGAAUGGUGGAAAGAUUUGAUCCGUUAGAAAACUAUUGCCCCGUUUGGAUUCAAAUCCAUCCACCAAAAAAACGCAAUGGAGAGAAAAAGUCUUCAUGGGCAGUUUUGGAAUGAUUGAUUUCAUCAAGUUACCACUUGAAUCUUCCCCAGUUGCGUGUCUGUGUCCCUAAUGGUCAUUUCCUGUGUUAAAAGGAAAUGUCUUACUGUGAGCUCAGGCUCAAUUCACGUAAAGCACUGUUAAGUUUCUGGACUUGGCAUAAUCAUACAAAAAGUGCAUUAUAUUGUGUUUCGAACCUGUACAGUGACACCAAUGGAAUCUUUUCUGCGCCAAAGUAUUGUUUUGGGGUAGUUUGCUCCGUCGAUGUUUGUUUAGUUGUUUUUCUUACUCUCACCAUGUCCGUGAAGAUGUGAUGUGCUGGGGGACUCCUCUCUUCCGUGGUCAUUGUAUGUGUUCAAACGCUCAGCAGGUGGUUUUCAUGGAAGCACUUAAGCCAUUCGUUGGACUGUUUUAUAACGGCCCAAUUUCAAUCUUCGCUCUGGUCCUCGGGAGUCGACCCGGAGAGUUUUGUGUGUAAUCGAAUUCCUAUGCAGGUGUUGAGUUGUGAUCACCUGGCACCACAUCACUGUUGGGUGGAGGGCCAACCAGGGACGGAGAUCAGCGGAGAGCGUUCAAACCUUUUUUGAAUGUGUCGGCACCAGCCUCGAGACUGAAUCGAAGGGGACAAUGGCGACAUGACAAAUCCGUGCUGAACUAUCACUGCAUUUUCGUACUCACGGGGUGUAAUUAGUCUGAGCCAUACGGGGCUGCUUGGGUAUAUAUCUGUCUGUACUUGUAACUGCAUUGCAAUGAUCACUGGGGAAAGACAGGGUUACUGGAUGUUUAUCCAGAUGGUGUGAUAAUGUGAAAAGAAUUUCAAGACUAUUGCAGUAAACACUCCCUCGCCCUACUUCAGCCUCCCAGAGGCAACGGUACGUUUUAAGUGAUUUAAUGCGAUGAAGAGUGUACAUGUCUUUGCUAAACCGGCCACACCUCUGCUAUGCGAGCAACUCUUUUGACGCUUAGCAUCCUGUUCUGUGUUUUCUCUCGCUGCGUUCAGGAACACCUGUUUAAUGUAUGGACAAACAGAAAUAAAUCAAUUUAUUCUAUCAGCACAAA